ACAAACACAGCCAGCCGUACAAUACAACUUUUCGUUUUUCAAAUCGGCGUUCCUUUCUCUCUCUAUCAAUCUCUCUUUCUCUCUCCUGAUUCUCCCGCGGAGCUCUAUCGGAUCGGAUCGGAUCCAGGACAUCGACAAUCGGAAGGCCGAGACAGUCUUGCCAUCAUGAAUCCGGAGUAUGAUUAUCUGUUCAAGCUUUUGCUUAUUGGAGAUUCCGGUGUUGGAAAAUCAUGCCUUCUUCUAAGAUUUGCAGAUGAUUCAUACCUGGAGAGUUACAUAAGCACUAUUGGAGUCGACUUUAAAAUUCGAACAGUGGAGCAAGAAGGAAAGACUAUCAAGCUUCAGAUAUGGGAUACUGCAGGGCAGGAACGGUUUAGGACAAUCACAAGCAGCUACUACCGUGGAGCCCAUGGAAUUAUUGUGGUUUAUGAUGUGACGGACCAAGAGAGUUUCAAUAAUAUAAAGCAAUGGCUGAAUGAGAUUGAUCGAUAUGCAAGUGACAACGUGAACAAACUACUUGUAGGAAACAAGUCUGAUCUUGCAGACAAAAGGGUAGUCUCUUAUGAUACAGGCAAGGCACUUGCUGAUGAAAUGGGCAUACCCUUCAUGGAGACUAGUGCAAAAGAUUCAAGUAAUGUGGAGCAGGCCUUCAUGGCAAUGACUUCUUCAAUUAAAGAUAGGAUGGCAAGCCAACCGUCUGCAGAUGGUGCAAAGCCUCCGACAGUGAAUAUUCGAGGACAGCCCGUUUCUCAGAGUGGCGGUGGCUGCUGCUCCUAGUGAGUAUUAUCGGCCUCUUGUUCUACUCGCUAAGCUCUGUUGGUCUUUCUCUGAAACUCCAGAGUCUUUAGUAGUACCUUUGCAUUCGUAUUCUUAUUGUUAUUUUUAUUUUUCAUCCAUAGCUUCUGAACAAUGUGUAUAUGGGUAAUGUUAAUUACUACUGGGUGAUGACCAAAGUUUAACCUUUUUAUUAGUGUUACAAGACAUUAAUAGCACAACUUGUUGGGUCAAAUUAAAUGUCAUAUUGUGUGGAUUUGGUAUACAUGGAGCAAACCAACAACCUUUGUUUUUUUAUGAACUCAUUUCAGUA